AUGGAGAGAAUGCCAGUUGAACUCCUGCGAAAUGUUCUGCAGGAGCUUGACCCCUCUAGUCUCAAAAACGUGAGACUGGCAAGCAAGCGAUGUGCGGAACUGGCCACCCCUAUCUUGUUCAGCGUGAUCAAGCUCGUGGGCGAAGGGCAGAUUUUAAGUCGCGUUCCUGACCCUCAGUUCUAUCCAAAACGCUCCGUUGAGUUUGGAAAGCUGCAUGAGUCGAUUGCCGAAGUCCUGCCGCUUGCCUGUAAUGCAACCCGGCUGGUGUUUGCUCCAGCAUUUUACCGAGAAGGAUUCUGGGAUGACUAUCGGGAAUAUUUGCAUGAUCUGAUGGAGGCACCCGUGGACAAGGAUGAUUCAGACUUUUCUGAAGACGGAAGUGAGGACGGAAGUGAGGGCGAGGACGAGGACGAGGACGAGGACGAGAGAGAGGAACGUCGCUACGAGGCCCGAAUUCAGGCUGUCAUCGCCAGAAGAGCAGCCCGGCCUGAGGUCGAAAGGGACCAAAUACGAGAAGCCGAAGAGCACUGGAAUCUAAGGAGACAGGAGCAAGAGGCAAACAGCGAGAGAGUCGAAGCCUCUCUACUGGAGCUCAUCUUGUGCAUAAACCUCAAAGAAGUUGAAAUCCAAGAAUGGGAGUUUUCCGACUUUGGAGGCCUCCAUUUCGAAAGCUACGAGAUCGAUGGAAUUCGGAAAGUCUCAUCACCUACCGCUCAUCAUCUGCAUCUCAUUGCUCGCUGCCUUCACAAGUGCGGCCGCCACAUUGAGAAGCUGAAUGUUCGUGCACUUAACCCAGAGGUGAUUCAAGAUUCGCCCGCUAUGCGUUUUGCGUUUGAAGGUCUCCGCCACCUCAGACUCGAUAUAUACCAUGUGGACUCUGUUCUUGAGGAUUCAUCCUUUGACCACGCUCUGCCUAAGCUACUCGAACAUGCCGGUCCCACUCUGGAACGCCUCGAAUUGGUAUGCGGUAGUAGUUGGCCUCAGCUUCCGAGCCGUGGUGUGCAUUUAUUGGGCAAGAUCUUCAACCACAAAGAGACUAGCAAGAGCCUAUCUUUCCCCAACCUCCGAUCCUUUGGACUCGUCUCUCUGAUCGUCAGCACUACCUCCCUGUUGGAAUUUCUAACCGCUCAACCAAAGAUCGCCAAGGUUGAGUUUAGCUACGUGUACCUGGCAACUUCAGGCAUGGGGUGGGAGUAUCUGGCCAGCGCCCUUCCUGCGUCUGUAGAGACCUUGGAGGUAUCUGGUAGGGUCGGCCAUGAACCGAUUGCAGGUUUUGAAACUCCGAUUGCAUACAACUGGUGUGCUGACUGGUCCUAUUUCGGGAGGCAGUUGCUUACUGAAACAGGCUGGAAGGGGAAGGGCGCGGGAACGACUCGAACUCAGUUCCGCAGAAUCGAGAAUUCUAGCAACGAAGAAUGA